UCCAUGUAUAUAAAAUGCGGAUUCUCGGGUGAAUCUCAUCCUCGACAUAUUGUGCCCACCUGGACAAAGCUUCAACGGUCCAAAAGUGUGGAAGCUCGAGGAACUGUACGAUCUGAAUAUUAUGAAUGGGGACUUGCAGCAACUGGAAGAGAAACUGAAACGGCUAUUACAUGAUAUCUAUUUUCGACUGUUACUGACGGACCCCAAAUCACGCAAAGUUAUCUUGUGCGAAUCCCCGUUGGCCCCCAUUAUUUUGAAGCAAACCAUUGCCAAAAUCUUGUUUGGCUAUCUUCAGGUUCCUUCGCUAUCUUUUGUUCCCAUCCAUCUCACGGCGUUAUUAACUACGGGUAUGACGACCGGCCUUGUCCUGGAUUGCGGCAAUCUGGAAACGAGUGUACUACCUAUCUAUACGGCCCGACCUCUGAUACCCUAUAUUACGACAACACCUUUGGCAGGACGUGCCGUGACGCAACGACUUCAUUCCUUGCUACUUGAACACGGUCGCUAUAUUCCUCCUUCCAAUCUUCACAUUUCCCUUGCGCCACAGAUGCCGAUACCCGAACACAUAUUGACCCCGGAAUUACUUGAGGAUAUCAAAAGUCGAAUGUUAUUUUGCUCACCUGUCUUGAUCGGCCGAGAGCACAAUGACGAUCGACACGCCGUAUAUAAAAACUUUAGCAGUGCCACCGAUCUCUAUGUUUCUCUCAUGGACGGAAGCGCAACACUGCUUGUACCUGGCUGGAUUCGUGAACGCAGUGCUGAGGUGCUGUUUGAGGGAGACGAUGAUGAACCGAGUUUGGCUCACUGUGUGUUGAACUGUUUGCUAAAGUUGCAACCCGAUCUACGCAAACCAUUGGUGUCAUCACUGCUUCUGAUUGGAGGAACCAGUCUUUUACCUGGAUUUCAAUCUCGCUUAAAGCAGGAAUUCACGCGCUUGAUGCGUAGUCCAACGGACUAUGAAAAACGAAAGUACAGUUCGUUAUUACGUCUGCACAAAUUUAUUCGAUUCAUGCAUAACUCUGAAGAGACGGGUGUGAAAAGCGUUUUUGUGAAUAACCAGCGAGGAUGGAUCGGUGCCUCAUUGAUGAGCUCAUUAAAGAUAUCCGGCGAAGAGAUAUCCAGAGAAAAAUAUACAGGUACUGUAACAGACUGGUCAAUCGGCCACUGGUCUGACACUGUAUCGGCAACGGUCACAACAAACCAUCCGACUCUGUGAAAAUCGGGCCAUCUCCCACUUUCGCUUCAUCUUACAUAACCAUACUGUUUCAAACUUGCCAUAUUUUUCGACGUUUUAAAAAACUAAAAAUAAAAAGGCCAAAUCAAAA